UGUUUUUGUUACAUGGGGGGUGUGGCGGCCUGGAUGGGUCAAACCCCGCCCCCCCUUGUCCCCCCCCGCGCGCGCUUUGGGGUCCACGUGGGCCCCUGGCAGCGGGGCAGAGACCCGGAGGCGAUGGAUGCGCUCAAGGGGCAGGUCCUGACCACCAAGGAGACCACUUUGAUCACAGUCUCCAAGGAGGACAAGAAUAGGGGCAAUGCACCCAGCUGCUACUUAUCCAGGGCCAGCAGCAAUGCAGGGCUGAGCCAGCUGGAGACGGAGGCCUUCGAGACAAAUGGGAUGAUCCAGGCAAUGCUCCCAGAUUCCCAGAAGAUCCUGAAAAAUGAGCUGGAGAUCAUCAAAAGCCAACUCCAUGCCCAGGCAAAGGCCUUCGAAGCCCUGAGCCACUCGGUCUCCCUGCUGGAGCAGGAGAGCAGCCUGCAGCAGCGAAAGAUCCAGCAGCUGGAAGAGGAGCUGAGCCGAGCCUGCGGCCCGGCCCAGGGGGAGAUGUUCGAGCGGCUGGUGGACGGGAAGAUCCUGGAUGUCUGGGCUGCCAUGGCCAAGGAGGUGGAAGGGCUGCAGGAGUCUCUGCUGGAGCGCCCCGACCACCGCAUGAUCCAGCGGGGGGACUCGCUGGAGAACCUGUCCUUGGAGAUCCUGGAGAGCAAGAAAUUCCUCUGGGAGGAGCUGGAGUCAGUGCAAGAGGAUCAGGAGGAUGAUAUAACCAAGAACCUCGUCAGCAUAAAGAAAAUGCAGGAGAAUCAAGUGAAAUGCAGAAAGAUCCUGUCGCAGCUGAAGGGCAAAGGGCCGGGCGCAGAGGGGACCCCGGAGUCCGUGGGCGGAGGCAGAGAUGGCCGGCCGGUGAAAGAGGAGCUCAAUGAUAUAUGGUCGGCCGUCAACACCCUGCGGAACUCCGUGGCCCACUGCAGCCUCCGGGGCGACGGGCAGGCGGCGGUGAGGGUCACAGGCCGUCGUAGCCGUCGGCACCGCAUGUCCAUCUCGGCCAACCCGCCGGCCCCUGCCGCGGAGCCAGCCCUGCGCCUGUGCCAGGAGGAGAGCAGCUCAGACCACAGCUCCUGCGAGGGCCCCUGCCUCUAGGGGGGGCUGUGCUGGCUGAGAGCAGAGAGUGCCUGGGACCUGCCGGGACCCGGCCUACGGAUGAGACAGAAUUAAACAGCUGCUUGGGAGUGA